AUGGUACUGCCUAGAGCUCGUUAUGAGUGGAUGCACUUACGGUUUCAAGACUUUAAAAUCGUUGUUGAAUAUAAUUCUGUUGUAUUCAGAAUUGUUUCCCGAUUGAAAUUAUGUGGGGAAACUAUAAAUGAUGAGGGAAUGAUGGAAAAAAUACUAACUAAUUUUCAUGCCUCAAAUGUGAUAUUGCAGCAGCAAUACCGUGAAAAGGGCUUUCAAAAGUAUUCUGAAUUGAUCCCAUGCUUUCUGGUGGCUGAGCAACACAAUGCCCUUUUGAUGAAAAAUCAUGAAGCUCGUCCCAUUAAAGCUGCCCCACUACCGGAAGUAAAUGGGGUACAAGUACGUGGCCAACCUGAAAGACGACAAGAUCGGGGUCAUAAUAAUAUGCGUAGACGUGGCAAUGACAGGGGAUGGUAUAAUAAUCUCCAUGGUAGCUGGAAGAAUGAAUAUCGGGCGCCUAAGCAAUUUGCUAGGCUUUAUCAAGAAUCUUUCAAAAGAAAGAGAAAUGAAGGUGGGACCUCUUAUAAUGCCCGAAUGGAAUCACACUUGACUUUCAGAAAUGAUGAUAAGACAGGACCUUCACAAAAAUAUGAUUUCAAUGUUGAGGCAAACUUGAUCAUGGAAGAUGAUGAUUUUGAUGGCCUUGAUGAUAUACUCUCUCUGUUUAAAAAAGAAUGA